CUAACGGCCACACCACUGCUGUCUCCCUCCGCACAUUCCUCCCGGGAAGAAUAAAGCUGCGGCGGCGGCAGAAAAUAGUCCGCUGCCUCUUCACCCACCUCUCGGAAAUCCGUCCGCGCAGCCGCCACUCAGAGCCCGGUGCUGCAGCUGGGAUGAGGCGAGUGUGGGGGCCCCUGCACCCCGGGGCCCGGCCAUAGAGCGGCGGCAUGGAGCAGUACGAGGAGGACGUGGCCCUGGCGCUGUAUGACGGCCUGUGCCUGGGAGAGAGCCGAGGGUCCCGGAGGGUGAAUGGCCAGUACCUGCCCCACUGCCCCUCCGACACCGGCCAGCUGAGGGACGGGGGCAUCUGCCGCUCGGAGGUGGCCCUGCCCUGCUACUCCGGCCUGCCCGACAGGAACAAGAGGUACUCGGCAGAGUUCUAUAGAGGCAGCUACGACGGGGUCCCCCUGGCGGCCAAGCAGGGGGCAGGGGGUAAGAUGGGCAGUGCCAGCAUGGUGGGGCAUUGUGCCAGCAGCAACAGUAAUACCCUCUCCAUGGACAGGUUCUCCAGCCCCAGGUCCAGCCUGGUGGUGCCAGGCCAGGGGGAGAAGUACCCCAGCUUGGGGCAGUAUGAGGGGGCAGUGCUGAGCCCCAGGUCCAGCUAUGCCAGCACUGCCAGUGACACCAGCAAGCACUCAAGCCCCCGUGCCAGCCUCACCAGCAGUAACCGCACCAGUGGCAUCAGCAUGGGAUACGACCAGAGGCACAUCAGCCCCAGGUCCAGCACCGCCAGCCCCAGGUCCAGUUACUCAGACUCACGCUACGUGCCCAGCGGGAACCCUGAUCUAGAUGGAAUGGUGGGUCACGGUACCCUGGUGAGUCCCAGGUCCAGUAUGUGCCUACAGGACGGGAGAGCUGCCACCCUGGGGAGCUGCAACCCUUCUGUGGUCAGCCCAAGGUCCAGCAUUUCCAGCCACAGUUCCCGCAGUUCCAGAAGCUCCAGGGGGUCCAUGGGGGCAUACACUGAUCUCCCAGUACCCUCCCCCAGGUCCUCCAUGCUUGGGCCCAGCGUACAGGAAGAGACCCUCAUGCAGGAUCCUGGAGAGACUUGUCACUACAAAGUCCUCACCCAGUCUCCACCGAGACAGGAGCAGCAGCCACCGCCGCUGCCCCCCAAUCCUGAGCCCAACUUGGGGGCAUCCUACAGCUUCAGCUCCGCCAAGGGCUCUGCCACCGUGCACAGGUUUAAGGUUCCUUACCAGGUCACCCCGUCCAAGGAGAGUGGACCCAGCCAGGCAGAGAAGAGGUUGGAGGCUCUCACCCUAGAGUUGGAGAAGGAGUUGGAGAUGCACAUGAAGAAGGAAUACUUUGGAAUUUGUAUCAAAUGUGGGAAGGGGGUGUACGGAGCCAGCCAGGCCUGCCAAGCCAUGGGCAACCUGUUCCACACCAACUGCUUCACGUGCUGCUCCUGUGGGAGAAGAUUGCGAGGGAAAGCGUUCUACAACGUCAAUGGGAAAGUUUACUGCGAGGAAGAUUUCCUGUAUUCCGGCUUCCAGCAAACGGCAGACAAGUGUUUUGUGUGCGGUCAUCUUAUAAUGGAAAUGAUUUUGCAGGCUCUGGGGAAGUCGUAUCAUCCUGGCUGCUUUCGCUGCGUGGUAUGUAACGAGUGCCUGGACGGUGUCCCCUUCACCGUAGACGUGGAAAACAACAUCUACUGCGUGAAAGAUUACCACACAGUCUUUGCACCUAAAUGUGCCUCGUGCAACCAGCCAAUUCUUCCAGCGCAGGGGUCGGAGGAGACGAUCAGGGUUGUUUCCAUGGACAAAGAUUACCACGUGGAGUGUUAUCACUGUGAGGACUGUCACCUGCAGCUGAAUGAUGAAGAAGGCCACCGGUGUUACCCCCUGGAAGGACAUCUCCUGUGCCACAGCUGUCAUCUAAGGCGUUUAAGUGUUAAUAUUCCACCAGCGCACCCCCCCAAUUACCCUAUGCACGUGACAGAACUCUGAGCUGGUGCUCGGGACAGGAGAAUCUGCUGCAUCGAUGAUUGAGAAGAGAGAGACUGUAAUCGUCCCAUCUUCUAACACCUACUGGUACCAUGUGUACACAAAGGGGGGGGUUUAACACGUUCCCUGCUUGGGAUGUCUUACUGGACAAGGGUUAUGUCAGCACUGCACCCUAGAGAGAAAGCGGGCCCCCACUCCCAGUGUCUAUAGUGCAUUUCUACAGAGAGCGAGAGUAGUUUCAAGAAAAUUAAGUUUAUUUUAACAGCUUCUUUCAAAUUAUUUAUUGUCCUGACAGUGGCUGCAAAUCUACAGAACCCACACGCUGUGUGUAAAUCAUGGUUCACCAGUGGAAAUAGUCAUUCUUAGCACUUAAUCUGUAUUAAUUCAUUUGCUGCCGGAAGGAUUUGCCUACGGCUGACUGGUGCAAAUGCUUCAGGCGGAGGUUCAGUAAUCCCCUUCAGAAGACGUCUCCAGUGUGAACAGACUUUGCUUCCGCAACCAGGUGAAAUACUGAGAGGGGUUCUACUGAUGCAGACUGCAGGACCCACCCCCACCAAUUCAUGACCACUUUUCUGGUGGUAGGAAAAACAAAGACAGGGUCUUACGCAAAACCUCAGCUUGUCCAUUUCAGAGGUAUUUUUCUGAAUCCAGUGUUUGAUAGAGGUAACCAUUAAAUCCUUCUUAGCAAGUACAACCUUGGAGAGCUCCACAAUUUCCAUUAUGCGAUGUUGUGUGAAGCACCAGAGAGACAUCCACUAAGAGACAGACUAAUCGCAACACCCACAAUGCAUUGCACCCCCGUUUAUCAGCAACACCCACAAUGCACUGCACCCCCCUUUAUCUGGGCAGUCACUUCGCUGCUAGAACCCUGAUUAUAUGGGUUAUAUGAGAGGAGAGAUUGCUUUGAUAAUAUAAAUCACAGUUGAACCGUAAAUACAUGUACAGUACCUGUGCUGCAUUGUAAUUAGCUGUUAAUAUGCUCACGCUUUAGUGCCAAAGCAGAAAGUCAUGCGGCUGAACUCUGAGCGCUGUACAGUGUUGAUAUACUGUAGUACCAAGGAGGAUUAGUAAAUAGUAUAUGCAGUUGCACCAUGGGUUAGUUUGAUUGCGGGAAAUCUGGGUGUUACUGUAACCUGUCAGUGUUCCACUGGAGGGCGCUAGUAGCAGUGACAACUGAUUUCUGGCAGAAGGCAUGUGGGCAAUAGAAGAUGCCCCCCCUCACUUCCAUGUUAUUAUAUAAAUAGUUUUGGGAUGGAAAAGACCAUGGAUAAAGGAGCAGUGAGGACUGGAGAUUAGCAGGAGCCUGUAAUUACCCUGAGGAGUGGGCUUGGCCUCUGAACACUGAUAUUCUGAAUAUUGCUUCGACCCAGACGUACUGCGUGUAAAUAUCGCCUAUGGGUGCACACAGCAUCUGACAUCUGUAGGUAAUAUAUUAACCUUUAUUUUUUUCCUUAUUCCUCUGAAAAGGAAAAACUAAUUUAUUUCCGCUGUUAACAGCGUACAACAGAAUUAUUUCACUACAGCACACCUGUCCAACCAGUCCCCUCAUAUCACAUUGGCCUGAAUAUAGGUUGUCAUAUAAUUAUCUAUAGGAGUUUAAUCUGCAAAGGCAAAACAGGAAAGCGGAUCAGUGUAAUCCAACUCUAUUGUCCUUUAAUGUAGAACAGUGGUUUUCCAACUCUAUCCCAAACAGUUCACAUUUCCCAGGUCACCCAGCAGCUGCACAGGUGUAUUCAUGACUCACUGACACAUUUCCCAGGUCACCCAGCAGCUGCACAGGUGUAUUCAUCACUGACACAUUUCCCAGGUCACCCAGCAGCUGCACAGGUGUAUUCAUGACUCACUGACACAUUUCCCAGGUCACCCAGCAGCUGCACCGGUGUAUUCAUUACUCACUGACACAUUUCCCAGGUCACCCAGCAGGGGCACAGGUGUAUUCAUGACUCACUGACACAUUUCCCAGGUCACCCAGCAGCUGCACAGGUGUAUUCAUGACUCACUGACACAUUUCCCAGGUCACCCAGCAGGGGCACAGGUGUAUUCAUGACUCACUGACACAUUUCCCAGGUCACCCAGCAGCUGCACAGGUGUAUUCAUGACUCACUGACACAUUUCCCAGGUCACCCAGCAGCUGCACAGGUGUAUUCAUGACUCACUGACACAUUUCCCAGGUCACCCAGCAGGGGCACAGGUGUAUUCAUGACUCACUGACACAUUUCCCAGGUCACCCAGCAGCUGCACAGGUGUAUUCAUGACUCACUGACACAUUUCCCAGGUCCCCCAGCAGCUGCACAGGUUUAUUCAUGACUCACUGACACAUUUCCCAGGUCACCCAGCAGGGGCACAGGUGUAUUCAUGACUCACUGACACAUUUCCCAGGUCACCCAGCAGCUGCACAGGUGUAUUCAUCACUGACACAUUUCCCAGGUCACCCAGCAGCUGCACAGGUGUAUUCAUGACUCACUGACACAUUUCCCAGGUCACCCAGCAGCUGCACAGGUGUAUACAUGACUCACUGACACAUUUCCCAGGUCACCAAGGAGGUGCACAGGUGUAAUCAUUACUCUCUUACACACACACACACACACUACACAUAAUCCCUUUCCCAAGUGCCGGCACUGGGCUUUGGUUGCCAGUUUGGUGAAUAUCCUGUAUACAGAAAAUAAUCCGUCUAUUACUAGGGUACAGCGUAGUUGUGCUCUUCUUGAAUCGGCACUAAACCCCCCCCCUUACUGAUUAAUCAGAAAGCCGAUCAUCACUUCUUGUGUAGCUGGAAUACACGUAUUGCUGUAAUCUACAAUAGUGCAGGCACGAUAGGUUUUUAGUUCCACAACAGCUGGUGUACCAGAGGGCGCCCAAGACUGUUUUUUAUUUUUCUCAUGCCCGCAAAUCCCAGUGCAGCAGCAAGAAUGUGCCCCCUUCAUUGCACGCUCCUGCUGGUCCUUUACCUACCACUCCAUCUAUCCAUGUACACUGUGUAAUGUGUGCAGAGAGCAGUGUAAUGUUAUAUGGCGCUGUCCAAUCACAUCAGUCCCGCACCGGCAGAACUUACAAUCUGGAUUUACACACCAAUUUAGUAAGAAAGCAAACUUGUUUGUGGACUAAUCAAGCAAAUGGACAUGAACACGGGGAAAACAUACAAACUCCACACACAAACUACCCCAGUAUUAUGAAGCACCGUGAUCUACCAUGAUGUAUGCAUCACGGGUCUCGUAUAUAAAUAGAUAAGUCUUUAUUUUCCAGUAAUCGCCAUGGCUGUAUCCAGUUGGGUCGGCGGUAUUGACCCCAUGAGAAUUUCUGCCGCAUAGUAACCGGAACCCUGUCAGUAAAUGAUCCCUUUCUGGGAGCUGUGGGUUUAGAAAGGUUUUCUUUAAUUGGGACAAAUUUAGAUGUAGUUGGAGGUGCUAUCAAUGCUGCUUCCCUGGAAGCAAUAGCACUAAUAUGUUAAUGCAGCAGGAGGUGUCACACCACCUGCUGCAUUACUAGUCCGAACUGCACCCAAGGACUCUAUCAGACCUUCCCUGGCACCUUUGGGUGGCUUGCAGCACCCAAGCGCCCCUUGCAGAGGCCAGGAAAUCUCCCUGCCAUCGCCGCCCCCAAACGGCAUCAGGUGUAGGAUCCAUGUGCACACAUACGGAACGGGUCAUGCGCAAAGUACUGAUCAUCUUUACUUUGCAACACGCAUAGCAGAUACAACCGGACCUGAAUGAGGUCCAGUGUGAGAGACCAGCUGGAACUGUGACUAUAAUGUCCCAUAAUAAUCCAUAUAAUGUAAUUUCACUCAGAUUCCCUCAUUAAUUCUAAAUUAUUUCCUGUAUUAAAAACAAAUCCCCCAAUAAAUGUCUGCUGUAUGCGCCGGCCCACUGACUCUCUACAAGAACGCGGCACAGCCGUCCGCCACACCUUGUGCCCCAUUCCUAAAACUUAGGCUCAGACAACAGGGGGCUAAUUAGUGAUCCAUGCGACUGUAUCAUCAAGACCGGGACAAACUAUAGACUGAGGGGUUCCCAGCCAUCUACUACACAUACAUGUCCCAGCCAUCUACUACACAUACAUGUCCCAGCCAGCACACGCGUCUACAGAUCUGCAGCAUGACUGUCAGCUGUACACCCAGAGGUAUUGUGCUGUAAAGAUACAUUUAGCAUUGAUGACUCUCUCUGCACCAGAUGUACAGGUAAUAGACGGGUCAGUAGCUACAAUAAUAAAGAACAGCAAGACAUAAUAAAGUCACACGUCAGCACACAGGCUGCGGCCCCAUCUGUAUAUUAUGCGCUGUCACUUGGUUACCACCACAUACAUGUAUGGUGGUGGCCAGACAUACACUGUGCUUUCAUCUAUGGCAGGACACUUGGUACCGCUCAGUAUAGUGUACUAUGAUCACAUCACAAUGAAGUGUUACAAAAGACCGCUAGGCCUUGUAACAAAAAAACAUGCAAACUGACACACACCUAUGUACAUUGUACAGUAAGUCCCACAACUCAGUCGCUGCAAUAAAUGUAUGUACAAAGAUGAAAGGAACUGCAACAGUGAGUACAAUGCGAUGGCAGUACUUUGGGUUCACAUGUCCCGUAUCACGUACGCAAGCACAGCCAGAAUCAUACACAGUCCAAGGUAAAUCCCAAAAAGUGCCAAUUAAAAGGAAUAUUUGAAAACUAGAUCUGUGUGCUGGUUGCAGAGCCUGCUGUGACCUCUGACCCCCAUGGCUACCAUUAUUCCACCCCAUGUAAUGUAUUGUCCGGAUAUCACCUGCCUUGUUCCUCAGUAUUACUUGUCUUAUUGUAAUCCUAGUACUACAAACACUGCUCCUACGCAGGUAUUCCUGGGGCAGCCGUCAGUGCAGUGUUAUAUUACUGUACUGUACCCUUUACUGUAUUCAGGUGACCAGACACAUUUACACUUGUUUCUGUGGUCACAAUGGGUAGACACUUGUUAAUGCUCACUCCGUAGCCUCCUGGCUGCUGGUCCAGCUUUCCUGGCCAACGGUGGACAUGACCUCUCAAAAUAAAGGCGUCAGCCCUUCUUGUAAUAAAUACAACUACUGUAUAUCUAUAGAUCGUUGGGGAAACAUUUAUCAAACCCUAUAAAGAGGACAAGUUGGUGUUGCCUAUAGCAACCAGAUUCUAUUUUAUAAAAUGUACUAGAUAAAUGGUAGCUAGAAGCUGGUUCGUUGCUACGGGUAACUUCAGCCAUUGUCCUCUGUUGAUACAUCUUCCCCUUGGUGCCAGUUUUGGAAAGGUGAAACCCAGGAGAAUGCUGGGAAGAGCGGUAAUGUCAGGGUGUGAUAGGACGUGAUGGACUUUAGUGUCUGUCAGCAGAGCCAGGCUUCUGAACAAAUCAUUGAGAGUGAGGCUGCUUAGUGCACACACAUCCUGUACGGUCUUAUAGUCUAAUAUAGAGAUACAUCCUUUUACUGUACCUGUAUGUCAACAAGAAUAUGAGGAAACGCAUCUGUAUGAAAUAGUCAUUAUUUUGUUUAUUCCAAUCUAAUGAUGCUUGCCUAACAAAGCUGACAAUCUAAUUUAAUUCCAUGCACUUCCACAUCGAGCAGACACUGGAAAUAAAGGCAGAAAUGUAUAAACCAUGUCUUUUAAAAUGUGUACCUUGUUAUAUACACGCUGCUGACGUGACUACUCAGUGUAUAUUUUAAUAUGUGUAUAUUGGCUUUGGCUGCCUCGAUUCCCCCAGAUAAAGCUUUUCCAAAGUGCGCCAGCUCAGGACCUGUAUGUGUUCCUCCACCAUCCCGUUAUCUUCUGAUAGAGACCCACGCGUUUCACACCCGUUGUCCCUCCCACACUGCUCCGUAUGUGACACCAGCCGGAGGAGCCGCUGCGUUUCCCAGAACAUCAUUUCCAGUUUAUUCUCAUUUUCUCUACAAAUCCCAAAACUCUUAUUCCCAAGUAUGGAGAUGAAGGCUAGUGCUUGUCUAACUGACCGACACUACUGAUAGCCAAGGCGGGCUACUCCUCCCUAAAUGCUGUAUUCUGGUUUUCUCCAAGUGUAAGGAAGUUGGUAAUGCAAAAUACAAGACUUAGAGGGACAUUUACUAAGCAGUGAUAAGGGCAGAGAAGUGAGCCAGUGGAGAAGUGCCCAUGGCAAACACUGAAGAAACAUCUAUAAUUUGCAUACUAUAAAUUUAUACAGAGCUGUUGAUAGGGCCACUUUUCCACUCUUAUCACUGCUUAGUAAAUGUCCUCCUUAGCCACAAAAAUGUUAGGUAUUGGUUGCUCAUUUUUCAUGUAGCUGGCAUAGAAAGAAACCUCUCUCCCCCAACUCGUAAUGUCCUAUCUCACUGAAAAGAAUGAAGGUCCUCAGUGGACCAUCAGAUAUCAGUGUAGAAAUUCCCCACCUUGGCAAGACAGGACAGCAGUUGUCAUAGACACUGCGCAAAUCUACAGUUUCCAAAUAAAUAUCUAUAUAUUAAAGCUCCCUAAUUGGAUGCCAAGUGGCCAUGCAUAAACUCUAUAGACUACUCCCAAAUGCCAUUCUGCACUCUUGGCUCACAUCAGCGCUGUGAGUAAUAUUGCAGGUCUGUUAUCACUGACUUACCAGCUUCUGCUGUAAUGGGUUGGGUUUGUGUUACCGGCGAUCGGAAGACCGCCGGUCACCAUACCGACGCCGGAAUCCCGACUGGGAGAUCGCCGGGGGGGGGCGAGCGCAACUAUGCCCCAUCUCUUUCCACUAGACCGGCGGGCAUUUGAGGGUUCGGGAUCCCGGCGUCUGUAUUGUAAUCAGUCUCCUGUCCACCGGUCACAUAACCGCAUCCCGCUGUAAUCUGCCAUUUGUUCUCAUACUCGUUAGUAGACUAUAAAAGCAAGAGAUAGGCGUACACACGCCCACAGCGUCCCAUGUUGUCUCCAUUCCUAAUUCACCGCACCCUCCAGUGUCCGUAGCUUCCCUAAAUGGUUACUUGGUGUCACAUCUUUAUUGCUACCAGACAAUGUACGGAGAGGUAAGAUAAAAGGAUUUCAGUGUCUUUGUAUUUUAAUCACAAGCUGCGUCAUGAACUAUUAUAUUUGUAACUAAUUUCUUAACUGUAGUAUAUAAGUUGACUUAAAUUAAGUUUUCCUUUUAAGAAAUAUAUUUUUCAUUUUCUUUGAAAGAAUAUAGUGGUUUCUUUUCGGCCAGGAACUUGGACCAACUUUGUAGGAGAUGUAAUAUGCUCAGUUUGUAUAUCAUGUAAAGUAGUUUUAUGCCGGCAAAAAGUAAAAAUAAAAAAAAUGGAUUAGUUGAACUAUUUUUGUAUAAAUUCUUGCAGAACUCUCAUUGUGCUUCGGUUAUUUAGAACCAUAGAACAAUUGUGUCUUUAUUUUUAUUAUCUGUGUUUGAUUCUCUUGAUUUAAGAAAUAAAAACUUGGGGAAAUGUAGAUUUAUUUAUCCGAAGAAGCGAUAUUGCUAUCAUCUUAAGUUAUUUAAUGUUAAAAGACAGAAGCGUCAUUUAAACUUUAGUUGUUAUAAUCUGCUUUUUACAAUAAAGACUUUUUUGUAGUUUA